CGUAUCAAUAUCCAACCCACUGAAAGUUGAGGGAAUCACCAUGCGAUUCACAGACUCGCCGGUGAUCGAGCUGCCAGUGGGCGGCGCGCUGCUCUCAAUCCAGCAAGACAACGGCACGAUGCACGUCGGCACCACCGUCUGGCCCUGCUCUCUCGUCCUCGUCAAGUUCGUCGAGCGGUGGUUCUCCGCCGCCCAACCCAGCAACCCCUACGCCGCUCUCCUUGACUUCCGCAACAAGCGCGCCGUCGAGCUCGGGGCCGGAUGCGGUGCCGCCGCCAUGGGACUCCACCUCCUCGGCCUCCACAACGUCGUCGUCACCGACAUCGCCCCGGUGAUGCCCGCCCUGAAACACAAUCUCAAGCGCAACAAGCCGGUGCUCGGCAAAACCCUAAAGACGGCGCAGCUCUACUGGUCCAAUCCGGACCAAAUCAAAUCCCUAAACCCGCCAUUCGACCUUGUCAUCGCCACCGACGUUGUUUACAUCGAGUCCAGCGUCGCGCCGCUCAUCUCUGCCAUGGAGGCCUUGGUGGCGGACUCCGGCGCCGUACUCCUCGGGUACCAAUUGAGGUCUCCGGAGGCCCAUCGGUUGUUCUGGGAGCUCUGCGACCGGGUUUUCGACGCCGAUAAGGUGCCGCACGAGCAUUUACAUCCGGAUUACGCCUACGAAGAGACUGAUGUUUAUAUACUGCGGAACAAGUUGCGGUAGCAAUCACGGAGGCGUGUCAAGUGAUGAUUCAAACUUCUUCUCUUUAGGGGAAGAAUUCAUGAAUUUCACGAUCAAGCAUAAUUUUCGUGGGAAAAUUUGUGAGUUGCUUGAUGUUUCUUUUUUUUCCCGGUAUUAUUUUGUUUGUUUUGGUGGUAAAGCUUGCAUAUUGGUGCAAUGGAUUCGAUCAUGAUUGGACCUUGAAAUUGGAGAUGCUGAGUAAACGGGAUGUUUCUAUGUGCAAUUCUCUUGGUUGGUUUCUUUAAUUGCACAGACUUUUGUAUCUUUGUCUGUGUAAAUUCUAAUGAAUGUACUGUUUGUGCA